AUCACGUGGUUUCAUCUACACAUGCUACAAGCAUGUGCUGUUGUUUUUAUUGCUGCUGGUGUUUUGAUUGUCACUGAUUUUAUCAAAUUUUCUGGAGUUUUAGCUACAACAUUGUGGUAAUUAGUAUUUGUGAACCUAUAUCAAUAACUUUUUUGAGAAUGCAGUAUUAAUUAAAGGAAAAGAAGGAAUGAUAUACAAGAAUUACAAUUUACAAGUAACAUUAGUACAAAAAAACAUUAGUGGGAAUUCUGUGUGGUCUGGUAUAGGAGGAGGCCCACGGUGGGGGUGACAUCAUGAAUAACUGCACUGGGUAACGCCACCCUAGUGACACCACUAUCUCUAUGCCACAUAAUCCAUUGCUAUCAAGUCAAUUCCGACUCACAGUGACCCUAUAGGAUGGAAUAGAACAGCUCCAAAGGGUUUCCAAGGCUGUAAAUCUUUACAGAAGAAGACUGUCACGACUUUCUCCCGUGGAGCAGCUGAUGGGUUUGAACUGCCAAUCUUUCAGUUAGCAGCUGUGUGCUUUCACCACUGUACCACCAGGGCUCCCCCUAUAUCACAUAGGGAGAUAGCAAAGAGAGCAUAGAAAGCUGGCCACAAAUAUUUUCCUCUGACUCCUUCAUUUUCAAAUUACCUGGUCUUCAUUUAAAAACUUGUCCAUCUUUUAAAAAUUUGUGUGUGUAUUUGGAGGGAACUGCAAUCAUUUUAUUAAUGGUUCCACUUUUGUUUCAAAGAAUGCAUCUCCAGACUUUCUUUUGUGUUUAACUUCCUUAUAUAUAGGUGGCAAUUACCAGGCAGAAUAACCUCAUUCAGGUAUUUUAAAACAGUAUUAUUGAGAUAUAAUUUACAUGCCAUAUGUGGUGCAAUGGAUCUCUUUUAUGACCAUGGCCUUGUAACUCAAGACUUGCAUUUGCCUUGUGCAAAUAAGGCAAUUGUGCCUUACCAAGGGGAUUGGUCAGUUUUACCUUAAAAGAGAGCCAAUUCCAGAGCAGAGAGAAGAUCCCACCAGCACCAAGGAAGAAGAGCCAGCGUAUCCUUUGGAUUUGGGAUCCCUGUGCUGAGAAGCUCCUGGAACCAGGAGACCAAGAAAGAGAGCGAGCUAUAACCCUAAAGACAAGAGAAGCAGUGGCAAGAGAGACCUCAGGAAACUGAGCAAUGAGCUUCCCAGCCUACAGAGCAAGAAAGCUGAGUGCCUGGGGUACCUCUGGGGACUUAUUGGCAGGGGCUAAAACAGCUUUGUAACACUUGCCUGUGCAGGGCAGAGGUCUAGGGCCAGAGACGUGCCUGUGAGCACAGCUGGGAAGAAACUAUCCUGAUGAAAGAACUGUAUCCUUGGUGUUCCUGAGCCUAAGCUGUAACCUGUUACUUCCCUAAUAAACCCUAUAAAUGUGAGUAUUGUCUGUGAGUUCUGUGUGGCCAUUGCAAUGAAUUACCAAACCCAGCACAGAAGUAGAGAGUGCCAUGGGAGGGACAGUUGUUGUAAGAAUUGGUAAAGAUGGUGGAGAGAGGAAGCAUGUCUGAACUUCGCCUGGUAGGAAUCAGCCUUGGGCUGUUGAUCUUGAUUCUCCUUCCCCCUUGUAAAGAGAGAGGAGGUCAGACUGUGCCCCGGACCAUUUUUACACCGUAAAAUUCUCCCAUUUAAAGUGUACAAUUUAAUAGUUUUUAGUAUACUCAGAACAUAAUACAAUCGUCACCACUCUAAUUUUAGAAUAGUUUCAUCACCCCCAAAAAGAAACCUCAUGCCCUUUAGCAAUUACUCCUCAUUUCCGCAUUUUCCUGCUCUCUGGGAAACAACAAUCUACUUUCUAUCUCUAUGAAUUUGCCUAUUCUGGACAUUUCAUGUAAAUUGAAUCAUACAUUACAUGGACUUUUGUGUCUGAUUUCUUUCACUUAGCAUAUUUUUGAGGUUCAUCCAUUUUGUAGCACAUAUCGGUGCUCUAUUCCCUUUUAUUGCCAAACAAUAUUCUAUUGUAUGGUCAUGCACAUUUUAUCCAACAUUUGAUGGACAUUUGGAUUAUUUCCAUCUUUUGGCUUUUAUGAAUAGUGCUGUUAUGAACAUCCAUGUACAAGUCUUGUGUACACAUGUUUUCAUUUCUUUUGGAAGGAUACCUAGGAGUGGAGUUGCUAGGUUGUAGAAUUUAACAUUUUGAGAUAUUGUCAGACUAUUUUCCAAAGUGGCUACACCAUUUACAUUCCCACCAGUGAUAUGUAAGUGUUCCAAUUUCUCCAGAUCCUUGCCAACAAGUGAUUUUCUGAUUUUUUUUUUUUUUUAAUUAUAGUCAUUCUAACCAAAUCAGUUGCCAUUGAGUCGGUUUCACCUCACAUAGACCCCAUGUGUGUCCGAAUAUAACUGUGCUCCAUAGGGUUUUCAAAGGCUGAUUUUUUGGAAGUAGAUUGCCAGGUCUUUCUUCUGAGGUGCCUCUGGGUGGGACUCAAACCACCAAACUUUCGGUUAGCAGCUGAGCAAGUUAACCAUUUGCACCAGAUAGGGACUCCAUAGCCAUCCUAGUGAGUGUGUAGUGGUUUCUCAUUGUGGUUUUGAUUUGCAUUUCUCUGGUGAUUAAUGAUGUUGAGUAUCUUUUCAUGUGCUUAAUAGCAUUUUGUAUAACUUCUUUGGAAAAAUACCUAUUCAAAUCCUUUACCUAUUUUAAAAUUGUAUUAUUUGUCUUCUUCUUAUUGAGUUGUAAGAGUUCUUUAUGUAUUCUGGAUACUAGGCCCUUAUCAGUCUUUGAUUUGCAAAUACCUGUAUCAGAUUAUACCUAUGUGUGUGCAUAUUCCAAUUUAUAAAAUCUUUUUUUAAGAACAGUGAUAUAUAUUUAUUAAUGUUUCCUAACUUUUAUGACUGCACAUAGAAGGCAGUAAAUCAAGCAGUAAUUAUAAUAAUUACACAUAAUUACUGAGCACUUGGUACAGGUUGAAGCCGUUGUUGUAGUUGUUGUUGUGUGUCAUCAAGUCGAUUCUAACUAAUAGCAACCCCAUAGGACAGAGUAGGGCCGCCCCAUAGAGUUACCUAGGCUAUAAUCUUUACUAGAGCAGAUCACCAGAUCUUUCUCUCACAGAGGGGUUGGGUGGGUUCAAACUGUUGACCUUUCAGUUAACAACUGAGUGCUUAACUAUUGUGCCACCCAGUUGCCUUAGGUUGAAGCUACAACAUAUUAAAAACAGACAAUUCACAAAGCAGAGAAAAAAUAUAUCAACACAAGCCAAAGUCAUCAGUAGAUGGCAUAGAUUUAAGAAAAUUCAGCGUACGACUGAAAAAUGAACUGAAAGAAAUCAGAUGUUAUUAAUCUGGGUAGUUCACUGUUUUCAAUUUGUAAAACCUUUGGACUAGAGUUAUAAAUGUCAUUUCAGCAGAAACCUUGUCUCACUCAUUAGCAUUUCCUUCCUUUUCUUGAGAUUAUGCAAUGUUAGUAAAAUGCUUUCUACAUAAGUACAACCUUUGGAGAUAAUUUGAUUUUCAGAUUUUAAAAAUAAGCAACAACAUUACACCAGCCACAUUACCCUUCCACCACCCGCUGCCGUCGAGUCGAUUCCGACUCAUACAUUACCCUUAGUUCACUUAAAAUCCGUGUGGUUUACCAGCAUAUAGAAAAAUUUAACCCCAGUUUUGAAAGCAAUACCCUGUUUCUGCCAUCCCUCAUGCCACUGCCAUCACUACAGGACUGUCCCUGGAGGUGCAGGAGCGCGGCCCUGGGGGCGCCACCUUGGCCAGAGGAAAACAAGGAUGCUGCUGAAUUGGGACACAGCACAGGAACCUAGUGACUCCAGUAAUGCUGAGGUGGGGGAGGGGAAGACCACUGAGACCUGGCAGUGGGACUAGACAGCCAGGGACGUGAUGCACAGAGAAUUCAAGAUUAAAGGGAAAUGUGGGGUAGGUGGGACCCAAAGGAGAGGAGGAGGUGAUGAGGAAGUGCUUUUGAAGAAAGGGGUCCUGGUGGGACUCCAGGAAGUCAACCUUGGCCUUGUCUCCCAGGCCCUUUCAAGGUAGGCCUGGUAUCCACUCCAGGGAUAGGAAAACAGCUGGCUGGGGUGGCUCUAUAUUAUAUGAGACACGCAGGGCUUGCUAUGAGGAGUCUCCCUCGUCCUGCUCUCAGACAUCAUCUCUGCUUUUCUGAGCAAAAAGGACACCCAGAACCUCAGCUCCCCAGUCACCUUCACAUUCUCCCACCAUGCGAGUUCCGGUGAGAUAGGGAAGGCAUGUAAAGGAGGAGGUGUGGAGGGGCUGUGGCCAGUCUUGCUACUCAGUUCAUCUUGGGGCUCAGAGGUGCCCCCAAGGUUGCAUCAUUUCCCCAAGAACUUCAGCCCUUCCCAAGCUAAUUUUGGGUAAGCACCUCUGAGCACCAGAACCACCAGCUCACAACUAUGCCUCAUUCCUAUAGCCGGUGACCCCUGGGCCAGGGCAGAAGGUGCUCUGUUUCUUCUGGGAAUGUGAGAAAGAUGGAUGUGGUCGCUAGGCCACCAGAGGCUGCAGGAUGGUAGGUACCAGAGAUGACAGCACCGCCUGCCACUGCACCCACCUCAGCAGCUUUGCAGUCCUCACCGCUAACUACAAAGUGCAGGAGGAAGAUCCCAUGCUGGCUGUGAUGACCUACUUGGGGCUGGGCUUCUCUCUGCUGCACCUUCUCCUGGUGGCCCUCACCUUCCUCCUGUGCAAAGCCAUCCAGAACAUCAUCACCUCACUCUACCUGCAGCUCUCUCUCUGCCUUAUCCUGGCCCACCUCCUCUUCCUCGUUGGGAUUGACCGAACUGAGCCCCAGGUGCUGUGUGCCAUCAUCACUGGUGCCUUACAUUACCUCUACCUGGCCUGCUUCACCUGGAUGCUUCUGGAGGUCCUGCACCUCUUCCUCACUGCGAGAAGCCCUACGGUGGUCAAAUACUGCAGUGUGAGGAGACACAUAAGGAAGCUCAUGUUCCCGGUGGGCUAUGGAGUCCCAGCUGUGAUCGUGGCAAUUUCUGCUGCAUCCAGACCUCACCUUUAUGGAACAUCUACCCACCGCUGGUUCCACACAGACAAAGGAUUUAUAUGGACCUUCCUUGGACCUGUCAGCAUCAUCUUCCCUGGUUUCUGCAGAUGAAUUUGGCUUUCUUUCUGAUGACCUUCUGGCUUGUCAUCGAUCAAUGGCAAUGUGUCCACCCUCCAGAACACAAGGUCUGGGAGCAAUACGGGAAAUGGUUCAAAGGGAUCAGAAAAUUGAGAGCAGAAUCUGAGAUGUACACGCUCUCCAGCAGGGUCAUGUCUGACUCCUCCAAAACCAGUGUGUUACUGCAUGCCACCCACUAAAUGAAGAGCAAAAAGGAAAAGAACGUAAGUAUAAAUGUGAGACUUUCUUUAAAAAUCUGCAUUAAUUCCUUGUAUUUUCAGCAUCCACAAAUACUGCAAAACCAGAGAAGAGAAUCACAUAGGGCAAAGGAUAAAUCCUGGCAUAUGAAUAAGACCGAGCAUUUGUAGGUUUACAAACCCUUUUCUCACAUUUUUGUUCACAUGUUCAUCACAAGAGUGUUAUCCCUAAAUGUUCCUAUUUGGAAGGCAAAGAAAGUAAGACUCAUGGUGUUUAUGCGAAUUGUACAAGGUCUUCAGUCUGCUCAUUCUUACUCCCAACUUCAAUUAGCCCACCAGCCUGUCUAUCAAGCCGUUUGCUAGUCCACCCUCUACAAAGUGCUCCUUCCAACAUUCUUCACUCUUCAAAUGUCUUAUCCUUCUAGUGCCUCCUUUUUUCCCAGCAGAUGUUCUUACUGCUCCUCAUGGAGAAAAUGUAAGACAGUAGGAUGACAUCAGGCAGACUUUGGGCUCUUGGUCACACCAUCCGCUUAGCAUCUGUGCCCUUCUCACCUCAUUCCAUGUUGUUACCAUGAAUAAAUCAUGUUUGCUUCCUCAUUUUUAAAGUUAAUCCUUCCACCUACACUUUGGUUUCCAAACCACCUGCUUUCUCAGUAAAUUUACUUUAUUGCACCUUCUGUCAUUCUCUUGUCUAUCUAUCAUCCCAGGUAUAUUCAGUCCCGCUUUCUCAACAGCAUCAUUCCUACCUCCAUUGUAACUUGCUGUCUCUCCUUUAUUAAAAAUCAUGAAUACUACAUAUUUUGGUCUCUCCUCCUCCCUCCUCUACCCACUCAAACUGGCUUUUGCCUCCAUCAUUGCACCAAAACGGCUCUUGCUUAAGCAUCCAACAACCUGCUUAUCACUGGAUUAAAUCAAUAUUUUUUGGUCCUCUGAGCAGUAUUGGAUACUGUGGCUACUGCCUCUAUUUGAAACACUCUUCUUUUGUCCUUGGCUUCUAUGUUCCAACGCUUUCUGGCUUACCUCCUAUCUCUCUAGUUGUGCUUUCUUCAUCUCCUUUAUAUUUCUGGCUUGGUUUUAGAAGCUCCAUUAUUAUCGUUUUAUACCCUACUCAUAAACAAUGUCAUCCACAUACUGGACUCAAUGUGCCAAAUAGAUGGAAAUGUUGACCAAAUAGAUUUUUCUGUCCCUGAAUUACCUGUGAGCUCAGUAUCACUAUUUCCAUUGAGAGUUAAUACCUCUAUGUGAAUAUAUCAGAAGCAGCCCAACUACGCAUAACAGACCUUUUUAUCUUUUUCACUGAACAAAU